GUAUGCAAUCCGGUGAUGCAUAUGAUGGCCGAAGUUCCAUCGAUUCAUCCCGUGGUCAGCUGCACCUCCACCUGCAGGUCCAUCAUGUCCACAGUAGAAGCCGAGCUUCAAACCUUGUACGACAACCUCCAACAGAUUCGUCUCCUCAACUAUGUUACGAUAUCUUGUGUGGCAUUCCUCGUCUAUGAUAUCCUAACCAACCUCGAUAGAGAGAUUCCCCUUAUCUGGUUGUAUUACCACAACGCUAAAGAGGAGCACUUGUCUUGGCGUGGCAGAGCUCGCCGCAUGCUUGUUCAAACACUUUUUAUUUUUGGCCGUUACUAUGCUCCUCUUUACCUUGUGGGCUUUUUUGCUGUGAACAGUCACCAGGGCUUCUCUGUACCUUUGUACGCAUUCAUAUGGGGCGGAUUUGUAGAUACUAACCAUUUCACACCGAAAGCUGCAAGGUUUACUACUACAUCUUCGCUCUGUGAGCUCCCAUGCACAACUUUGCACUCAUUGGCUUAUUCUAUUACUAGUGGAGGGGAAGUACUGUACUCAACGCUCGUCAACGUUAUCCUGGUGAUCCGUCUUAAUGCGAUGUACCAAAUCUUUCAUGGCACGACGGGAUUACGAAAACACCAAGUUUUUCUUGCCUCUGUAGUCAUCAUUGAAUUUAUGAUCGAGAUUACCAUAUGUGCUAUACUGGCUGCAUGGAUGGAGAAAAGGGUGAUAGAGCCUCCAGCCGGAAUUCCUUGGCAAGGUUGCAUGCUUAGCGAAGAAGCAAAUGCUGCGCUGUCACUCCCGGCCUGCAUCACAGCAAUUCUGGUUGCCACAAUUUUCCUUGGACUCACACUCCGCCUGCUCUACUCGAGUAUGAAAUCAAGGUUUAAAGAUGUCGGAGAUUUCACGAUCUCCAAUAUCAAGGAAGAAAUUCGGAACAUCCAGCCAAUGACGCGAACGUUGGUCAGAGAUAGUGUGCUGUUCUACUUCCCCAUGUUUGGGAUAUUGGUUUCCACCGCUCCUCUCAUCACUCUCUACCGCUCGACUAUUGCCAAUGUCACUGCUCCGAUAAUUAUAGCCCUGUACUCCUUCUGCGCCUCGCGACUAAUAAUUCACACCCGAGAAAGUUUCGCCCGAGCGUCCCGAGCAUCCCACGACACGUCGACUCCCGAGUUUGGGCCAAUCAGCUUUGCGUCCGGCUCGUUGAUGGCAUCGCAGGCGGGGACGCAUGUGUGACAGUCGUUCGACCUUCAGCGUUGGGUACCGUCAAGCUAGCUGUUUGUGUUGGGCGCUACUGCGCGAGCUACAGUGUUGUUAUGCCUUGCAUCCCGGUACCAGUUGUCGCUGUAGAUCAUCUUCUGUUGUAAUAUGUGGCAAUCUGUUGAUGAGGCAUUUCGUCGGCGCCGAACCUGGAGUUGCAAUUACUGGGGCAACUUUGUUCGAGGCUGAAGCUGAAAGCUAUGGUGUCGUAAAUUAUAUUAUAUCUCUCAGGGCGUCCGUCAUAGCUUGUCAUCGAUCAACUCAUCAUUGACGACGCGUUGGUCUAGGAAUGCGGUACUUAGGCCGCUCCUAAUAUGAAACCUCACCCUACUCUUACACUAACGUCGGUG